UAUUCGCCAGUGAAAUCCAGUCAGGAAAUCCAGUUCAUUUCAAUUUCAUCGUCGCUCGAGUAAUAAAAAAAAUUCUGAGAGAAAUUCUCGGUCGUUCAAUCAUCGAGGUACGAGUGAAAGAAUUGAUAUAUUUUUAAAUUAACCUAAGGUUGUUAAAUCGCCGGGUGCUUCUGCUAUUGAACCUGAAAUGGCCGGGUCUGGAGAUUCAGCCGACAGCAAGGCCCUGGGAAAAUUUGGACUUCGUCCAGUGACCAAAUGCAGUCUAGUCAAAUUCUACGCACCCUGCUUCGGAGUUGGUGCCUACAUGGGACUCUCUGUCAAUGUCAUGAACCCAACUCUCGUCAUGAGAGUCUUUCCUAAGGUGGAUAUCACCAACUUUUUGCUGGGGGGUGCCUUACUAGGGACUGGAUCCUAUCUCUACACCAGGGAACACAUGAGAGCAGCCCCCACGGGGGCCCGGAUCACCUACAGUAUAACUGGCGCUCUCCUCUUGAGUUUCGGAUCUGUUUUGGUAUGGGCAGUGCUCCGAUCAAUUAUGCUACCAAACCCAACAGUGUCGACCCUAGCUGGUCUUGGGACUGGUCUGGCUGCCAUCAAAAUUGGCCACAACUACCUCGAAUUCGUGGACAGCCAGGUCGCAAAGAAGUAAGCAAUUUGACAGACGACGAUAGGUGUUUACGAGAUUGAAAAUAAAUAACCACACAAAUAUUAUGAACUAUAAUAAUAAAAUUCUUUAUUGUUGUGUAUAA